GCGGAGCCCACGGAGAGCUACAUCGUGACCGCGACCAUGCCGUCCAUGCAGCUCGCCGCGAGGGCGGGCGGCGCGGGCGCCCACGGCGCCCUGGGGGUGCUGGCCGGCGGCGGCGGCACGCUGCGCUUCGUGGAGCUCAAGUUCCGGUCGAGGGAGCACGCCCGCAGGCAGGCCUUGAUGCUGUGGUUCUGCACCUUCAGCGCGCCGCUCCGGGCCGCCGUGCCGCUGGUGCCACGCAGCGAGCUACAGAGCACGCGCCUCUGUGAGGCCGUGGUGCGCCUCUGGGACGCCUACGGCCUGGCGUGGCCCAGCGGCGAUCGCGCCGCGGCGUUCGAGGUGCGCAAGAGGUACGUGCGGGAUCACGAGCUGCUCCACGCCGCGCCCUUCUGCGGCCGCGAGCCCUGGCACGCCCUCGCCGGCCGCGAGCCCACGCCCCGCGAGGGCGCCCGGCGCGCGCCGGGCGAAGAGGCCGAGGCGGCCGCCGCCCGCCUCGCAGCCGAGCCCUUCGCGGCCGCGCCGGCCCCGCGCGGGCGCCCGCCGCGCGGCGGCGGGCCGCGCGGCCGCCGCCAGGGGCACAGCAAGACGCUGGCCCCGCUGGCGGCGGCCCCGCGGCGCCCCGCGGCGAAUAGCACCGCGGCCGCGGGUGCCGUCGGGUACCCGGGCGUCAUGACGCUCGAGGGAAACGACGGGGAAAAGCUGAUGGGGGAGCUGGUGAUGCCCACCGACGGCGGCAGCUCCUUCUACGCCGCCCCGGCUGCCCCGCGGGAGGAGACCACAGCCGACAACGAUGGCGGCGCUGCGCAAGAGGAGAAGAAGAAGAAAAAGAAGGCGGGCGGCUGGUCAGCCCUGACAAACCAGGGCCCGAAGUACGCUGGAAGGAGCCGGGCCCCCGCGGCGGCCGAGGAGGACGGCUACGCCGAGGAGCAGGAAGCGGCAGCCGUCCCUGCUCCCGCCAAGGGCAAGGGCAAGGGCAAGGAGAAGAAGAAGGAGGAGAAGGCCCCAGCCUUGCUGGUCGUCGUCGUCGUCCUCCUCCUCCUCCUCCUCCUCCUCCUACUACUACUAC